AUGGCCAAUACCACUCCUUACUUGAUAGCCGUUCUCGUGAUAUUUAUCAUUUUAUCCCUGCCGACAUUUUUCAUUCUCUGGCGACAUGGAAAACGAGGAUCCGCAUAUCUAGGAUGGGGUUACCUCCUCCUGUUUUGCAGUCUCAAGGUUAUCAGUUCCGGCUUGGGGUUGGCCGACAGCCAAAGCCCUGGUUCGAUCGUUGUGUCCAGCAUUGGAUUAUCACCUCUCCUUCUAUCACUGGCUGGUAUACUCCAUGAAGCAAGAUUUUACCACGGCAUUCCAGAGAACCGCCACUCCAGCCACAGAGAAAAACGGCUUACUACCCUUCACCAUUCGCUGACAAUGCUCGGAGUGGUUCUUGUUGCGAUCGGUAUGUCGAAGCUCGCGGGCAAUACCUCGGAGGAUGUGGUCGCUCAAGGCUGGAAGCUCGCCAAGGUGGGCGGCGUCAUUCUUUUCCUAAGCUGGCUAUCCCUAGCGGCCGCAACAACUCUAUCGGCCUUUGCGGGCUACCUUCGCAUUGACAGCCAUCCCCAAAAGAACGUCAGUCGACUGCUGCUAAUCGGCGUGCUCGUUUCACUUCCGUUAGUCGGUGUCAGAGUGAUUGCGACUCUGGCAUAUCUGGUAACGCAGGAGCGAUCUCUCAGCGCAGUGACAGGCUCAAUCGGCGUGAGGAUUGGGCUUUAUCUAUUUGAGGAGGUCGCUGCUACGUUGAUUCUCAUCUUUGCUGGCAUUUGUACGAGGGAUGUUCGGAAACUACCCGAAGACGCCGAGGUGCUUGAUGCAAGUGUGUUGAGAGAGGCAGUAGACGUGGGACAGUCCUUUCAACGGAAAUAA